UGCUGGAGACUUUCCUGGAGCACACCUGACUGCUGCUGCCACAGAGCCCCACCAGCCACCACCAUGUACUGCCUGCAGUGGUUGCUGCCUGUCCUGCUCAUACCCAAGCCCCUCAACCCAGCGUUGUGGUUCAGUCACUCAGUGUUCAUGGGCUUCUACCUGCUCAGUUUUCUCCUGGAACGGAAACCUUGCACAAUUUGUGCCUUGGUCUUCCUGGCAGCUCUAGUCCUCAUCUGCUACAGCUGCUGGGGGAACUGCUUCUUGUAUCACUGCACUGGAUCCCAGUUGCCGGAAUCAGCUCAUGAUCCCAGCAUAGUGGGCACCUAGGAAACAAUAAUCUUCCAGUCUGCUGAGGGCUCUUGUUUUGCUUUUUGAAAGGGGUUGGGCUAGGGAGGAGGGAAGGGGGUGUUAGGCAUGUGACUGGAGUAAAACCAGCCUGUUUCCUGUAACUGUGUGUGGACUAAAGUGGUGAAGUCCUCCCACUCUGCCUGUGAAAUUCAACUUGUUUACUGUGUGAACUCUGGCAGCACCACCUGCUUUUUUAGAAGCAGAAAUCUUUUUUUUUUUCUUCCUUCCUGUAUCACCGGGAAUGGACACCA